GCAAAGACUGCCUGCACAGCCUGCAAAGCGCGGAGGGUAAAAUGUGAUGUGCUGGAGGCCCGGCCGUGUUGGCACUGUCGUAACCGGAACACCCGCUGCGAGCUGACUGAAUCCCAGCGCGGAAACAAGCUUAGGAAACGCGCCCAUGGACAGUCAGAUGGCUUGCAGUCCAUCGACAAAGCAGGCGACCCAGAAUUUCCCAUCGCGCACGAUCCAGCAGAUAUCAAUCCAGUCGACCCUCACGCUGUGAGCGCGUACGGUGACGGACAAGUCGACUCGCCGGCCCAAGGCCAGGCUUCAACCCAACUGGACAGGAAUCAGCAGCCAGAUCAUGAAGCAAGCACACUCUACUUGGGCGAAGCGUUCAGCUUAACCUUUGUCAUCAAGGCAGUGUGCAGCCCCUCCGGCGAUAUCUCAUCGGCACCCAAAGUCCACUAUCCCAUCCCCCCGUCCCCCAACGACCAUGGUGUCACCAGCACCGCAGACAACCCAGCUGGUCUGGACCCCGAUACGAUGGCCUUUCUGAGAGCACGAGGCGCCCUAACUGUACCGCCAAAAGAAGUGAGCGACGCCUUAGUUCUCACAUACUUCCGGUAUUUCCAUCCAGGUUGGGCCGUACUGGAUCGCAAAGGUUUCGAGCUCCUGUAUCGCCAGGGUGGCAUUUCCCUUCUCCUUCUUCAGGUUAUAUAUCUUCUCGCUGCCACCGUCUGCGACGAGGAGUUGCUAAGACAAGCUGGCUUUGCAGAUCGGAAGGAUGCAAGAAUGGCUUUCUACAGCCGGGCCAAAUGCCUAUAUGACGCUGACUAUGAGAGGGACUCGGCCCUACUUACCUCGGUGCUCUUUCUGAUGGCAUUCUGGUGGCAGAAACCGCGAGAUCAGAAAGAUACCUGGCAUUGGUCCACGGCUUAUUCCAACCUGAGCCAGCAGUGCCGGUCUCUCUGGAAGAGGAUAUGGUGGUCAAUCUAUGUUCGCGACCGCCAAGCGGCGGCCGCACUUGGUCGCCCGUGCCGUAUCCGAGACGAAGAUUGUGACAUCGAACCACUUUGUGAAGGAGAUUUUGCAUUUGAUAGCGAGACGGCGCUGGACAUAGUCGGCACACAGGAGCCAUAUCAUGUUUCGUACGCCAUUAGCAUGUCCUCCCUCGCCGUCUUGAUGGGCCGGAUUCUGGUCUUGAGAUUCUCGCCCUCGAGCAAACCCGCCACCGAGCAGCUGACUCAGUUCAACAGCGACCUUCAAGCUUGGGAGGAGGCCCUUCCUCUUGACAUGAUCCCUAGGCCGGCGCGACAGGCCCUCGACGCGCGCUUCUGGGCGGCCAACCUCCAGGCAAGCUACCAACAUGCCAUCAUACUCCUCUACAGGCCGACACUCGUCGUGCCGCGGCCAGGUAUAGAGGAGGCUUGGGGCCAACGUGCCACGAGAGCAGCUGAUGCCAUGGCACGUAUCGCUGAGGACCUCCUCACCACAAACACUCUGCGUGAGAGCCAACUUCACCUCAUACCAGCCUUGUUUGCCGCCCUGGCCAUACACGCCAUCGUCAUCCGUCGCAAUACACCGAUCCACCGCCAGCUGGCCGAGAACCGAGCAAGGCAAUGUAUGCUGGCGCUUGGGGAGCUAUCAAAAUCAUGGCCUGUCGGAGGUUGGAUUCUACGCUUGUUCAUCAGCCUAUUCAUCAAGCUGACAGGCCAAGAUCCUGGCAUCAGU